AUGUGGGAGGAGUCAAAGGAUACGCGUGGGAGGAGCCAGAGGACAGGUGAUGGAGAGAAUGUGGGAGGAGUCAGUACAGGUGAGGAAGAGAAUGUGGGAGGAGUCAGUACAGGUGAGGAAGAGAAUGUGGGAGGAGCCAGAGGACAGGUGUGGGAAGGAAUGUGGGAGGACCCAACGGACAGGACCAUGGCUCUGGAGGGCAAGGUGGCGCUGGUAACCGGGGGCGCGCAGGGCAUCGGGCGCGCGGUGGUGCAGACGCUGGUCCAGAACCAGGCCCAGAUACCGGUAAUAGUGGUGUUUCUCUGGUUCGUGUUGAGUUCAGUUGUGGACAUUCUUGUCUCCGAUCUGAACGUUGUGCCUCGCAGCCUGCACUGA